AUGGCACAUGAUCGCGGACGCAACGUCAUGGAUGCUUGUCAAGACGGUUCAAAAUUAAAUUUUACUGAACUGUUGAUGAAACAAAUUGACGAGUGGGAGCGAAAUUCAAUCGAAACCAUCCAGCGAACAGCACGCGAAUGUCGAGAACAAUUGAUGAAAUAUACGACGAGCGUUAUGUCGAACAUCGAAACUAAACUGAAUAAUUUCAAACGAAUUCGACAUGGUGAUGGAUCCGAUGGAGUUAGUUUAGAGUAUUUAAGGCAACAGAUCGAUGGUGUUACGAAAGAAUUUUGCUCUCCGUCAGUAGUUUCCAUUCGAGAAGAGAGUUCACCAGAAUUUAUCAAGAAAAUUUCCCUGCAGUUCGCCCAGAGAAUCAUACCGGAUAAGUGGAAAGAGAAUGGAAAGACGAUCACUAUACGAGAUGAACAAGGCAGCGGACUUCAACAACUCGACCGUCCUCAAGGAAUAUGCAUUGAUAAAAACAAAAAUAUAUACAUUGCUGACACGUGGAAUCAUCGUAUACUUGCACGAAAAUUGAAUAAAAAUGAUUGGAAAGUCGUUGCCGGUGGCAAUGGAAAAGGUCCAGAAAUUGAUCAAUUAGACAAACCAGUAGAUGUGAUUGUUGAUGAAGAGAACAGUUCAUUGAUUAUUGCUGAUACAGGAAACAGACGAGUACUUCGAUGGCCUUUAGAUCAGGGCGAAGGAAUCAGUCGAUUGAUUUCUUGGUGGAAUCAAGAUGAAGAGGAAAUUCUUAUCGAGGACAUCAACUGUUGGGGUUUAGCAUUGGAUAAACACGGGUUCCUUUAUGUUUCAGAUUUUGUGAACAAUGAAGUGAGAAAAUGGAAAAUUGGCGAAGAGAAAAGUGAAUUAGUAGCCGGAGGUAAUGGUGAAGGAAAUCAACUGAAUCAAUUCAAUUGUCCUACUUAUAUCUAUGUGGAUGAUGAACAAUCAGUUUAUAUUUCCGAUAAUGAGAACAAUCGCAUCAUGAAAUGGUUGAAAGGUGCGAAGGAAGGUGUGCUUGUCGCUGGUGGAAACGGGGAAGGAAGUAAUCUGAAUCAACUUAAUGGUCCUGAGGGACUGAUCGUAGACCGAUUUGGUCAAAUUUACGUUGCGGAUCAUGGGAAUCAUCGAAUUAGCCGUUGGCGUGAAGGUCAGGUACAAGGUGAAACUAUUGUUGGUGGAAAUGGCGCAGGAGAGAAAUCGGAUCAGUUAAGUUGUCCUAUGGAUAUAUCGUUCGAUGCCGAAGGAAAUCUGUACGUCACUGACUCGGUAAAUCGUCGAAUACAAAGAUUUACUUUAAUUCGUGACGAACAAUGUUAG